AUGUCGCUGCAGCAGCAGCAACAGCAGCAGCAGCGAAUCUCACCGAGUGCGAGGAAGACGGAGAAGGCCAACGUUGCCAUGGGAACCAUUCGUGAAGACACGACCACGUUCCUGGACAACGAUGAUGACCAGGACGACGACUCAUCGGUGGGCAGCUCACCGUUCGACCAGGAUGGUUUUCUGGACAGUUUGGACUCCAUGGGCCAUGCUCCCGGCGAUGGUCAGCCAUCGUCGUCAGCCACCGUCUCCGCCGCUGCCGAGGACCACCAUUUCUCGCCGGAUGGCGCAGCGACCGCGACGGCAGCAGCAGAAGAGGCGACACCACCGGAUGAUGUGCCCACCGACCUCAGCAUGGCAGGUCCUUCGGUGAGCAGUGGAGCGCAGCACGGCUACCAGCUGCGGUGGCGCAUCCCGCGGCCCCCAAACGCAUUCAUGCUGUUUGCGCAGGAGAAGAGGCGACUGGUGGCUGCCGAGAAUCCAAAUGAAAACAACCAGCGUGUGAGCAGCCGACUGGGCAAAUUGUGGCGUUCCCUCAGCGCUGCCGAUAAAGAACCUUAUCAGCGCAAGGCGGCAGAAGCAGCUGCCGUCCACCGGAGGAGGUACCCAGACUACGUCUACAACCCUCGCGAGGCCCGCCGGCGCAAGGAGCAGGAGCGAAGGGCCAAAGCGAUUGCCGGCAAAGUGAAGGAGGACACGUCGGCAGACCCAGAGCUGGAACCAACGCCGAGCACGUCUGCGGCCCAGGGUCCGAGCACGCCGGAAUUCCAGCAUCCUCCGCAUCCUCCGCAAUCGCCUCCGCCGCUGCCGCACCGCAACCGGCGACGCGCAACCGGUGCUGGCCGGGCCGGCGCUCCGGCCGACGGUCAGUCAACGCCAACGGGCAGGCCGACUGCUGCCGUAACGGCCACCGCAUCCUGUCGACAGGCUGCACGGCCGUACAACCUCUUCCGCAAGUGA